AUGUUACACGAAAAACUUGAAGAAUAUAACAGUGCCUUUGAAAAAAUCAUGGAAGAGCUUGAAGAGCCUGAAAUGCCAGAAGAUCCAAAAAGUUCUGCCCCGUCAACAACAGACGAAACCCCCAAAAAAAGCAGUUUUGAUAAUGUCUUCUCCAAGAUUGACGACACUCGUGCAGUAGAUUGGCUUGACUUUCUUCUGUACAUUGCUCUCCUUUUUGUUGUCCCAUUCUUACCAAACAGGGCUGUCAAAACUGCGGUGUUGUCACUUGUCAAAGGUUGUGCACUGGCAUUGCAAUGGACACUGACUUUGGAGUUGCUGGAUAAGAUGGAUGUACAUUUUAAACACUGGCACCACUAUCUAUUGCAACAAGUCCAGAACAAGACUAUAUCUCUUAGUGUCUUCAGACCAGUACAGCACUAUCUUGUGCAUAUACUAUUCAUUGUCAAGCAACUAAGUCUACUUCGAUACUACUCUACUUGGUCAAUGGAGAGAGUAAUUGGUGUCUUUUUCAAGCUAAUCAAGUCAAAGUGUAAGGGCAGCCGUAAUGCUAGUUUUCUUGUGGAGCGAUUUGCAUUGCAUAACUAUAUCAACACUGCCAUCCGUAUCCAGAACGAAAUUGAUCUUAUUCAGCUCAAACCAUAUGGUAGAGAAAGUUAUAUGGAUCUUCCUAAUGAUCCUAGUGAAGGUGUAAGCAGCCCUAGUGUGAAGGAUGCCUUAACUAGAUACUAUCAACAAACUUUGGGUUUGAUGAUUUCUGAUAUUGAUGAUUCUACAAUUGUUGUUGCUGGUCGUUUAUGGAUGAAUUUGACUAUACAUUCAUCUUGCAUGUAUUGA